GUGACACCUCUGUGCCCAGGCUUCCCUCCAAGGGAGACGAGGCCCUGAGGCUGCUGUCCAGUGGCUGGAGGGUGCCCCAGCAGCCCAGGGUGGCCAGGCUCCUCCCACACACAACACCCCAGCACUCAGUGCUCCCGGAACCCACUCCUGCUCCAGGGGCCCCGACGCUGGCAGGACAUUAACGAGCUGGACAGCCUCCCAGGUAAACAAGCAUCCCCAAUGACGGCCAGGAGCCGGCCCAGCAACCCGGAAGGAGAGGCUGUGGGCUGGGGACCAGAGGGACCGGGCAGGUAUAAAAGCCAGAGCCCAGAGCUCCCCACACACACCCACACACUCACCCACCCACCCUCCUCCAGCACACCCACCAUGGCCGCCUCCACCAUGUCCGUCUGCUCCAGCUCUUGCCCCGAGUCCUCCUGGCAGGUGGACGACUGCCCAGAGAGCUGCUGCCAGCCCCCCUGCUGCACCCCCCGCUGCUGCCAGCCCAGCUGCUGCGCCCCAGCCCCCCGCCUGACCCUCCUCUGCACCCCAGUGAGCUGUGUGUCCAGACCCUGCUGCCAAUCAGUCUGCACCAGCUCCUGCACCCCCUCCAGCUGCCAGCAGUCUAGCUGCCAGUCUGAUUGCUGCAGCUGCUCCCCCUGCCAGCCAACCUGCUGUGUGUCCCUCUGCUGCAAGCCUGUGUGCUGCAAGCCUGUGUGCUGUGUGCCCGUCUGCUCUGAGGCUUCCUCCUCCUGCUGCCAGCAGUCUAGCUGUGAGCCCUCUUGCUGCUCCUCUUCCCCCUGCCAGCAGUCCUGCUGUGAGCCCUCUUGCUGCUCAUCCUCCCCCUGCCAGCCGUCCUGCUGUGUGUCCCUCUGCUGCAAGCCUGUCUGCUGCAAGCCCGUGUGCUGUGUGCCCGUCUGCUCUGGAGCCUCCUCCUCCUGCUGCCAGCAGUCUAGCUGCCAGUCUGACUGCUGCAGCUCCUCCCCCUGCCAGCCGUCCUGCUGCGUGCCCGUCUGCUGCAAGCCCGUCUGCUGCUACAGACCCUCCUCCUGCGUGUCCCUGCUCUGCCGCCCCGUGUGCAGGCCCGCCUGCUGCGUGCCCGUCUCCUCCUGCUGUGCCUCCUCCUGCCAGCCCAGCUGCUGCCGCCCGGCCUCUUGCGUGUCCCUGCUCUGCCGCCCCACCUGCUCCCGCCCGGCCUGCUGUGGUGUCUCCUUGGGCCAGAAGUCCUGCUGCUGACCAGCCAUAUCCCCAGGGCCACUGGGCUCAGGUCCCUCCAUAGCUGGGCCCCUCACCACCCACAGUCUGCCCCUGAGCUCCCCAUUGGCUCUCUCAUGUGUCCACUAUGCUAACCUGACCUCCCAGGAGCCCCACCACCUUCAUUCCCCUGUGUGUUCCUCUAGUUCCUUGCUCUGGGUCACCUGCCUCAUCUUCCAUCUAUCAGCCCCUCUCAAGGCUCAGUAAACUCACCCUGAU